UGUUUUAGAAGAAGUGAAAACUCAAAACCGUGUUUGGUUUCUGGAAUAACGAGAACGCGUAGUAGCAUUUUAAUUUUCUUUGGCUCGGAGCAUGAAUUCUUAUUGGAAUGAAUCCCAUUAAAUUCCUUCCAUACACAUGGCUUCACUACCAUGCAUCCAUCACCACUCCUAUUUAAACUCUUCUCUCUCAUCUCAUUCCCAAAUUCAUCACAUUUAAUCAAAUCAAAUUCAAGACAAACACGCCCUUAGAUCUCUCUCUCUCUAGCUAUCAUGGUUCUUUCAGAAACCGCUACCGGCACCGAUGUCUCAGUCCACUCUACCUUCGCCUCGCGCUACGUCCGCGCCUCCCUUCCCAGGUUUAGGAUGCCGGAAAAUUCGAUACCAAAGGAAGCAGCGUAUCAGAUAAUAAACGACGAGCUAAUGCUGGACGGAAAUCCAAGACUGAACCUGGCGUCGUUCGUAACGACAUGGAUGGAGCCUGAAUGCGACAAACUCAUCAUGGCUGCCAUUAACAAGAACUAUGUGGAUAUGGACGAGUACCCUGUCACCACUGAGCUCCAGAACCGAUGUGUGAACAUGAUAGCACAUCUAUUCAAUGCGCCACUCGAAGACGGAGAGCCGGCAGUUGGCGUCGGCACAGUUGGGUCGUCGGAGGCCAUAAUGUUGGCCGGGUUGGCCUUCAAACGGAAGUGGCAGAACAGAAGGAAGGAACAGGGAUUGCCUUUUGACAAGCCCAACAUUGUGACUGGUGCCAAUGUGCAGGUUUGUUGGGAGAAAUUCGCCAGGUACUUCGAGGUGGAACUGAAAGAGGUGAAGCUUCGCGACGAUUACUAUGUAAUGGACCCUGAGUUGGCCGUGGAAAUGGUUGAUGAGAACACCAUUUGUGUGGCUGCAAUCCUUGGUUCCACUCUCAAUGGAGAGUUUGAAGAUGUCAAGCGCCUUAACGACCUCCUUGAGCAAAAGAAUAAGGAAACAGGAUGGGAAACUCCAAUUCACGUGGAUGCAGCAAGUGGAGGAUUCAUAGCGCCAUUUCUAUAUCCAGAUCUUGUGUGGGACUUUAGGUUACCAUUAGUGAAGAGCAUUAAUGUUAGUGGCCACAAGUAUGGUCUUGUCUAUGCUGGCAUUGGUUGGUCCAUUUGGAGAAGCAAAGAAGACCUUCCUGAGGAACUCAUCUUCCAUAUUAACUAUCUUGGUGCUGAUCAACCCACUUUUACUCUCAACUUCUCCAAGGGUUCUAGCCAAGUUAUUGCUCAGUAUUACCAACUAAUUCGUUUGGGUUAUGAGGGAUAUAAGAAUGUCAUGGAAAAUUGUAGAGAUAACAUGCUAGUACUUAAAGAGGGACUCGAGAAAACAGACCGGUUUAAAAUUGUAUCAAAAGAUAACGGCGUGCCGCUGGUGGCCUUCACACUCAAGGACAGUAGCCACUUCAACGAGUUCCAAGUCUCGGACUUCUUGCGUCGCUUUGGUUGGAUAGUGCCGGCAUACACCAUGCCUCCAGACGCACAGCAUGUUACCGUGCUGCGUGUUGUCAUAAGGGAGGACUUCUCGCGCACCCUCGCGGAGCGCCUUGUCCUCGAUGUCCAGAAAGUGUUGCAUGAGCUGGAAUUGCUUCCUGCAAGGGUAGUGUCCAACACCACCGUGACACCCAAUGGAGAAGUUGUGGACAAUAAUGUGAAAGUCAAGAAGAGUGAAUUGGAAACACAAAGGGAAAUCACUAUGGUUUGGAAGAAAUUUGUGAUGGAGAGGAGGAAGAUGAAUGAGAAGAUGAAUGGUGUUUGUUAGAGCUAGCUAGCUUUAUUUAGAUAAUUGUGAUUUAUGGUGGAAGAUUGAUUGAGUCUAUGCAAUAUUUUUGUUAAACUCGUACAAAUUAGAGAGAUGUAUGUUUUAAGCCAGAAAAGAAGUUCUUUUAUUGUUGAAGGAAACUUCUCCUCCAUGUGUGUUUAAAAUGUAUCAACCAUUAUUUUAGAUCAUACAAAAAUUUCUCUAAGAUUACA